AUGCUUGAAGUUGCAUGUGGUGGAAAGCCGAUCGAACCACGAGCGCCACCAGAGGAAGCAUUUCUUGCUGACUGGAUAAAGGAUUGCUGGGAUAAAGGAGACAUUUUGGCGACUAUUGAUAAGAGUUUGGAGAAGAGAUUUGUGGAACAACAAGCGGAGUUGGUGUUGAAGCUUGGGUUGCUUUGCUCAUACCCGGUGGCAGCGGCUAGGCCUAGCAUGUCCAGCGUUAUAUCGUAUUUGGACGGUGUUGCUUCAUUGCCCGAUGACUUGAGCUCUGUUAUCAAAGCCGGAGAAUUCCCAGCAGGAUCAAAUGAAGUGGACACUCCUAAUGAGUUGACACUAGCCGAAGAGAAACAUCGUUCCUUCAUUAACAAUUACAUAAGCAUUUGUUUCUCACGGUAGGUGAAGUGGAAAAAUAUAGGGUUUUUCAUUAAGAAUUAUGAUUGUAAAAUUAAAUAAAGUUUUAAAGGC